CAAGAAAUCUGACGUCUGUCGGGUCUUAGAACACUCCGAAGAAAGAAGAAGACUCAAUGGCAACAAGCUCAGUGGUGACGGAUUUUAUUGAUUUCUUGAACGCUUCUCCUACCGGUUUUCAUGCCGUUGAGGAAGCGAAGAAGAGAUUGAAGGGUGCAGGGUAUCAGCAAAUAUCGGAGAGGGAGGAUUGGGAAUUAGAAGCUGGGAAGAAGUAUUUCUUCACUAGGAACUAUUCUACCAUUGUUGCUUUUGCUAUUGGUAAAAAAUAUGUAGCUGGGAACGGAUUUCAAAUUAUUGGUGCUCAUACUGAUAGCCCAUGUCUGAAGUUGAAGCCUGCUUCAAAGGUUUCGAAAGGUGGAUACUUGGAAGUUGGUGUCCAAACCUAUGGAGGUGGUUUAUGGCAUACUUGGUUCGACCGCGAUUUAACUGUUGCUGGAAGGUUGAUCCUUAAGGAAGUGAAAGGUGGUCUUACGAGCUACUCACAUCGGCUUGUCCGAAUUUUGGAGCCAAUAAUGCGAAUUCCUACUCUGGCAAUUCAUUUGGACAGAGAGGUUAAUGAUGCAUUGAGGGUUAACAAACAGAGUCAUCUUGUUCCAGUGUUGGCUACUGCUAUCAAGGCAGAGCUUUCAAAAUAUGCAGUUGAUAAUGGUUCUGCUGAUGGUGGAAUCUCAACUGACGUGAGGAAACCCAGUGGAAAGCAUCAUUCUAUCCUUUUGCAGCUUCUUGCCUAUCAAGCUGGCUGUCAACCGGAGGAUAUUUGUGAUUUUGAGCUUCAAGCAUGUGAUGUUCAGCCCAGCAUUAUAGCAGGCGCUACAAAGGAAUUUAUAUUUUCUGGAAGACUUGAUAAUCUUUGCAUGUCAUUCUGCUCGUUGAAGGCUUUGAUAGAUGCGACAUCUUCUGAGAGUUCACUCGAGGAUGAAACUGGUGUCAGGAUGGUCGCAUUGUUUGAUCAUGAAGAAGUUGGGUCUGACUCGGCUCAAGGAGCUGGAUCUCCUGUGAUGUUUGAUGCUUUGUCACGAAUUACGGCUUCAUUCAGCUCAGAUUCAAAGUUACUUGCAAAGGCAAUCCAGAAGAGCUUCCUAGUGUCCGCUGACAUGGCACAUGCCUUACAUCCCAAUUAUAUGGAUAAACAUGAGGAGAAUCAUCAGCCCAAAUUGCAUGGUGGCCUUGUGAUCAAACACAAUGCAAAUCAACGUUAUGCCACAAAUGCUGUCACUUCUUUUAUAUUCAGGGAAAUAGCAGCGAAACACAACCUACCAGUUCAGGAUUUUGUCGUACGCAAUGACAUGGCUUGUGGUUCCACCAUUGGUCCGAUAUUGGCGAGUGGGUUGGGUAUCCGAACAGUCGAUGUAGGAGCUCCACAACUCUCGAUGCACAGCAUUAGAGAGAUGUGCGCUGUGGACGAUGUGAAACAUUCAUAUGACCACUUCAAGGCCUUCUUCCAGGAAUUCUCGCUUCUUGAUACGCAACUUGCUGUAGAUGCUUAGUGAUCAAUGAUAACUGGUUGGAGAUCUUUCAAAUUGUAUCCUGUGUAUUAGUAUUAUCUUAACAUAACUUCUUUAUGAAGAAAUGGGUUUUUUUUUGGGGUGGUUUUCAGGACGAAAAUAAGCAUGCAAUUGUCUUUCUUACAUUAGAGUUAAAAAAACAGGAGUCGAUAUUGGCUUUGUUUUUGUGGAUUUGAUGAUUUGAUCAUUUCUGGUCUCUCAUAAAAUUUCUUUUUCCCCUUGCAAAAACUUACAUUCUCGAUGCAAAUUGCUGUAUCUCUUCUCUCUGAUUGAACCAUAAAUGACAAACCUAGAAAAAUGCAAAACAAAAUUCUCGG